UAUAAGAGUUCCACUAACUGAACUGAUUAGCCGACAAUAUAACAAUUUAAUCUAUAGAGUAGAUGAGUAGAUCUAUUCUAUAGACUACAAUUGUACUAUAGAAGAUCUAGAGAUCUACGUAAUACUAUAGACUUCUAGAUCUAGAUAUCGUAGGCAACUCUACUUGUCUAGAAUUAGAUAAGCAAAGAUUUUUUACUUACAGAUGUCCUAAAUUAUAGAUCUAGGUCUCUAGACAUUCACUGAUUCAGUUGACUUGAGUUUCAUUGGAAACAGUUGAAACACAAUGAAUUAUUUACCAGGCACUGCAAGCUUGGUUGAAGAAAUUGAUAAAAAAUUAUUAGUGGUUCUAAGAGAUGGGCGAACGCUCAUUGGUUAUUUAAGAACUAUUGACCAGUUUGCCAAUUUAGUUCUGCACCGUACUAUUGAAAGGAUUCAUGUUGGCAAAAAGUAUGGAGAUAUUCCUCGGGGCAUCUUUAUUGUUCGUGGAGAAAAUGUUGUGUUACUUGGAGAAGUAGAUCUUGAAAAUGAACACAAUCUUCCUUUGGAACAAGUCAACAUUGACACUAUAUUGGAACUACAGAGAGAACAGCAGUUGGAAAGAGAGGCAGAGCAAGAACGUAAGAAGAAAGCCAUGGCAGAAAGAGGUAUUCACAUAGAUCAGACCAUCGAUGACUUUUGAUAGCCUUGUAUCAUGUGUAUUAUGUCAUAAAGUGGCUACUCUAAAAUAAACUAUUAUAGGCCCUAAUGCUAACAAUUUGAGUUUAAUCAAUAGCUUUUUGGAACAGUAUUUAAAAAAAGAAAAAACUUAUUAAAAACAAGUUCAAAUGUUUUGUAAUAAAAACAAAAACUUAUUGGAUGUUUUUUGUGUUUCAAAUUAAAAAUAUUCAAAUGAGCGCUUAUUUUGUUUUAAAAAAAUCAUAAAUAUGAUUUUCAGUAAUUUGUUUUAGUAAACUUUUUUUUAUAACAAUUAAAUUGUAUCAUAUUUAUUACAUCUUCUUUCUAAUGUCUUACACAUUUUAGACAUUUCAGAUUUGUGUACAUAAUUAUACAUGUAAAUUACUUUACAUUUACAUGCAUUGUAUGUAAAUUCAAUUUGUUCAUUUUUUUUUAAAUAUUAAAUCUUAUUGCGGAUCAAUUUACUACUUUUUUUUUAAAGUAUUUUUCUAAGAAAAAAAAUAUUUGAGAAAUGUGUAACUGAAAAAAAUAAAUCUAGCAAUAGGCAUUUUCUUGAAUAUAUAUACAUAUUCUUGUUUACAUUUCCUUGCAUUUGUUGUCAUAAUUAUG